UACUCAUGUUAGCCGGUGUCCGUUAUAUAGUCAUUAGGUUAUGUUCUUUAAAAGCAAUUCUUAAGUUAUUUAACAUUUAUGCUUAAAAAUGGAUUACUCUACGUUUGUUAGUUUAAAAGAUAAGAUGGAUCCCUGAUCAUAUACAAUUGUCAAUUUCUUAUUAUGGUCUUAGGUAUAAGAUUACUGAGAUAGGUAUUGAGAUGUUUAUCGUUAGUGAAUUCGAAGAGGUCGUGAAGGUGCAACCGAAUCAUUUAGAAGAUGACCAAAUGUCCCGGAUUGUCAUACACCUCAACUCGAUGCUUGCCAACAAAGUAGUAAUGAACGUCGGCUUGUGUCUGUCUUUGUUCGACAUUUUGGAAAUCGGUGAUUCAAUAAUAUACCCGAGCGAAGGAGCAUAUUUUUCCAAGGUGCGAUUUAGAUUCAUCGUUUUCAGACCGUUUGUUGAAGAAAUACUUAUUGGAAAAGUGAAGAGCUCCAGUUCGGACGGUGCUGUACUUACAACCGGUUUCUUUGAGGACAUAUUUGUGCCGGCAGCAAACAUGCAAAAUCCAAGUCGCUUCGAUGUCAAAGACAAAGUGUGGGUGUGGGAAUAUGACAACUGUGGCGAUACAGUUGAAUUGCACAUGGACAUUGGGGAAACAGUUAGGUUUCGUGUUGUUUCUGAACAGUUUACUGAUACACAUCCAGGAGUGGACAGCGGACUUUUAGACACUGGUGAGAUAGCAACAUCAAAGUCAAAAUCACCAUAUUCAAUUGUUGGCACAGUAAGAGAACCUGGUUUAGGAGUAAUUGGAUGGUGGACAGAUUUAUGAAUUGUUAAAUAGAUAAUAGUAUUCAAUUGUAUUAAAUUUUAAAUAAAAUUAUGUCUAAUAAAA